GAGCCGGCGGGCUGGCUCUUGGUGGGAUUUUAGGGUUUGAGCGAGGCGCGAGCGUUGGCGCCAAGCGGAGCUCCCCGCGACCAAGGCGGCAGCUGCAUUACCGGCUGCGAUCGAGGGGAAUUUGGCGAUUGUGGCGAUCUCCGGCAAUAUUUGGAGCCCUACCGCAGCAUUCCGGUCUCCCGGCGGUAGAAUGCCGGGACAGAGCCCGGGGCCGAUGAGCAGCCGGGAUGCCAGCGAUCUGGGGAAAGGUCGAGGAACACGAGAUCGUGAAGAAAUCCGAGAAGGUGGAGAGGAGAAGCAUCUGGAUCAGCAGCUAUGGCAGGCGUGCGCCGGAAGCAUGGUCCAGCUCCCGACCGUCGGCUCCAAGAUCAUCUAUUUUCCGCAAGGCCACGCCGAGCAAGCGGCGUCGUCGCCAGAUUUUCCUCGCGCGCUCGGCCCCGCCGGCACGGUUCCAUGCCGGGUUCUCUCGGUCAAGUUCUUGGCGGACAAGGAGACGGACGAGGUGUUCGCGAGCUUGAGACUACAUCCCGAGAGCGGCAGCGACGAGGACAACGAUCGAGCAGCAGCGCCAUCGCCAUCGCCAGAGAAGCCGGCUUCUUUCGCCAAGACUCUCACCCAGAGCGAUGCCAACAACGGCGGCGGCUUCUCGGUCCCCCGCUACUGUGCCGAGACGAUCUUUCCCCGACUAGACUACUCGGUGGAUCCCCCUGUCCAGACCGUGCUCGCCAAGGACGUCCAUGGCGAGGUGUGGAAGUUCCGGCACAUUUACAGGGGUACUCCUCGACGCCAUCUCCUCACCACUGGGUGGAGUACUUUCGUCAACCACAAGAAGCUUGUUGCCGGGGACGCGAUUGUCUUUCUACGAUCCAAUUCCGGGGAGCUCUGCGUGGGUGUUCGUCGCUCGAUGAGGGGUGGCGGCAGCGGAAAUGCGGAUGCUUUGCUGUGGCACUCGGCCAGCAGCCGCUCGAGUUCUCGCUGGGAAUUGCGGCCACCGAUGGACACUGGUCUCUCGGACGGGACUCUGAUGAGAGAGAAUGGAUCCUCGAGAUCUGCUGGCGGUGGUGCUGGUAAUGGUGGUGGAAGUUUUACUCGGAACCGGGCCAAAGUCACAGCUAAGUCGGUCCUGGACGCGGCCACGCUUGCGGCAUCCGGCAAGGCGUUCGAGGUUGUCUACUAUCCGAGAGCUAGCACGGCGGAGUUUUGUGUCCGGGCUCAAACUGUGAGGGCGGCUCUGAGUCACGGAUGGUACGCUGGAAUGAGGUUCAAGAUGGCGUUUGAGACCGAAGACUCUUCACGAAUCAGCUGGUUCAUGGGGACUAUAUCUGCUGUUCAAGCCGCGGAUCCAAUACUCUGGCCGAGCUCGCCGUGGCGUGUACUUCAGGUGGCUUGGGACGAGCCUGAUCUUCUGCAAGGCGUGAGUCGUGUAAGCCCGUGGCAAGUGGAGCUGGUGUCAACUCUGCCCAUGCAGCUUCCACCGUUUUCACUGCCGCGGAAGAGGUUUCGGCAGACCCCCGCACCCGAGGGUCAAAGCUUUUCGGGAUUGCCGACGACAACAUUUGCCAACGGUGUCUUGGGGCAGGCAAAUCCUUGGCAUGGUCUUUCAGAUGAUGUUCCUGCAGGCAUGCAGGGAGCCAGGCAUGAGAGGCUUUACGGGCUCACAUUCUCGGAGUGUCAGCCGAAUCGAAUUCACUCUGGCUUGUUGGAGAACAGGUACCAAGCCCAGGACAUCCCUGUUGCAGCCACGCUGGGUUAUGGUGCUACAGAUCUUAGACUAGGCAACGUGUUUCCGCAAGGAGGUAGCGGUGGUGGAGAGCAGCGGACUCUUGUAACAACGGUGCUAUGCAACGGCUCUCAGAACGAUUCGGGUGUCAGCUGCACAGAGAGCUCCUGCAACAAGCAGGGGACAUUUUUGCUAUUUGGGAAGAAGAUCGAGACGGCGAGAGUGCAAGAGCAGCAAAACUCGGCUGGGAGCUCCUCCGAGGCAACGUCUAGGCACAACGUGCCUUCUCAGCAGCCCAGCGCGAGCUCGUCGGGGGAUAGCCAUAACGACGCUGUCCAGCAAAACGUUCUUCUGCACGAGAACGGGGACUCUGGGCACGGGGGUGACGUUGGCGGCUCGAAGUGGUUAAAGAAGCAAGCCAGCGUUUUAUCGUCGGAGAAGAAGGACAGGCUCGAAGGCAGCAGCAGCGACGAGGAAUCAUCGCAGUGCAGGGUGUUUAUGGAGAGCGGGGACGUUAAGCGGACGCUCGACUUGUCGUCGUUUGGCUCCUACGACGAGCUCUACAAGCAGCUGGCCGCGGUGUUUUGCGUCGACGUGGCGAAGAUCUCCGGCCGUGUUGUCUACAAGGACUCGGAGGGAUCCACGAUUCACACUGGCGGCGAGCCUUACGCGAAUUUUGUGAAGUCGGUGAGGAGGCUGACGAUCCUGGCCGACACGCAGGAUUCGUAGCUUCCGGUAUGAGUAUACUCUGGGAGCUGUGUACGUGUUUUUAACAGGAUGAGAGGCGGCAAAAGCGGCCAUCGUUUAUAUUCUCUCCACCGCGAGAGUGUAAAUGUAGAGGGCGGCGAUGACUUGUUUUGUGGUGGUGGCAAGUGGAUGAAGAAGGGGACUGGCAAGCGGCAAAAGCAGUGGCGCCUCAAAACGAAAGAGGAGGUGGGUCAACUUUUAGAGACUUAAUGCGCGUAGCGAUUCCCGGCAUUUAGUAGCAGGCCAGAGGGAGACAGGGAGAGUGAUGGUUUUGGAUCUUGGGAGGAAAGAAAGAGGAGGCGUGAUUGUUUGGAUUUGGGGAAGAGAGAGGAGGAAUGAGAGGAGAGAAUUGACAAAGAGUGAGAUGGUUUUUAGAUCCCUCGAGGGAAAGAAAGAUGGAGGAAUUGAGAGGAAAGUGGGGAUGGCUCGGCGGUACUAGUCUUGUCGUUUGGUAUGGAGGAAGGAGAGAGACUGGGAAAUCACUUGGCAGCUCCAGCGAGAACGAGAUGAGACAAGACAACCAUUCCGAGUUAAUCGAUCGAUGGAAGAACAGAGAUUGCCGGUUUUCUUUUCCAUCUUGAAGGAUCUACCGACGAUCAUCGCUCUAUCUAUCUCUAGCUGCUGACGGAAGAACAAAACAAGGAGGAAAACUCCAAAGAGAGGAGAUGUGUGUGUCCCUGUGUUCUCUCUCCAGCUGGUGGAAGAUUAUAGAGAGAAUCAAAGCGUUUUUGUAAAAGAAGAUAGCUAGCUUCUCCAGCUGGUGGAAGAACAGAGAUUUCUAAGAUUUUUCUUUUA